GGUGGAGAAAAGACAAGGGUACAGCAACAGCAUCUUCUCAGCUAGGACAUCUAUGGGCAGUGACAUGAAAUCAGGGAAGAGAACCUAGAACUUUGAUCUCCUAGACACAAGAAUGCCUGAGACCACAAUCCCCAAGAAGAACAAGACUCCAGUAAAUAAAGGAGGCGAGGAAGGACUGAACCUGGGACUAGGCCUCCCUCCCCCUGCUGCCACCACACACAGCAUGCACACACAGGGGAAGAGAAAGGGGCAUUCUUCAGCAUGCUUCACCAGUGGGGUAAAGGGUAUCUUACCUGACCCAGGCAGGGGCUCGGAAAGCAGGCAGGAAAGAAAUGAGAAAGAAACAUUGCAUAAAGUGACCAGUAGAGGAAGGUGUCCGUACCUGCCCCUGAGCCUCCAACACUCACUUGCCAAGGGAUUGCAUCGGGCCAGACUGGGGUCCUACUGCCCUGAGUAUAAUGGGAAUCUCAGAAAUGACCAGCUAAUAUGCAAAUCACGGCAUCCUAAAAUGUUCCACCUGGAAGGAAUGAGAGGUCAUCGAUUUCAACCCUUUAAUAUGACAGAUGAAGACAAUGGCGUCCAAAAUGGGGAAAUGACUUGUUCUAAGACACACUGUUAUUUGGUGACAAAACGAGGACAGGGAUCUUACCCCCAAUUCCACUGUUUCCACUAUACAUUAUUUCCUCGAAUGAGUAUACUAAGACCAUCAAAGUUACCAAGCAUUUCAGGACCACGGAUCUCUUCCUCUGCCAUGAAUACUUUUCCUGAUAUUACAUCCUCUCGAGCUACCAGCUUACCAGACAUUUCAAAGACUCCUGGACCUGCUGAGCUGUCCAGCCCUGCUCAGGUCCUGCCACCUCAGUACCAAUGCAGUGCUCUCCGGCACGGGGUACAUAACACAGUGUUCUCAGCAGACUGUGCCUUGGGGGACACGCCAAGCACUGAACAACUGAGGCGGAAUUGUACCAUCUACCGGCCCUGGUUCUCCCCUUAUAGCUACUUUGUGUGCACAGACAAAGAAAGUCACUUGGAGACCUACAGCUUCCCAGAGGUACAACGGGAUGAGGGAAGGGAGGGCAGGGGGGACAUUGGCCAGCCUGAGGAGAUGGCUGAGAGCAUCUGCUCUUCCUCCUCCUCCCUGGAAAAUGCCUGUCCCCGGGAAAUCACUAAGAAACCUAGACCAGGCCUGGACUCCAAGGACUACAUCACAUCCCAGGACAUCCUGACUGCUUCCAAGUGGCACCCAGCCCAGCAGAAUGGCUACAAAUGUGUGGCCUGCUGCCGCAUGUACCCUACACUGCACUCCUUAAAAAGUCACAUCAAAGGAGGGUUCAAGGAAGGCUUCAGUUGCAAGGUAUACUACCGAAAACUCAAAACUCUCUGGGGAAAGGAGCAGAAGGCACGGCCGGGAGACAGAAUCUCCAACAGCAAUUGCCAGACUUUCAAGUAGACCUAAAGGUCCCAUCAUCAGGCAGUAGCCCAUUAGAGCAAACCAAAGGAAAAUACAGGAGAUAAAACUAUGUUAUGUCUAAAGAAGUGAGAAUAAAUCAAAGUAUUAGUCACAA